CACACUCCUCCAUCCAUGAGUGCGGAAUCUCGCAGCUGUAUCCUCUGUAGUGCUGGGGGAGGACGAAGAUACGGACUAUCUACAAACUAGUUCAAACAUUCAAAAGUGAAGUUGGUUUCCAGAAGCUAGACCGCUUUAUACAGAGGACUGCGACUCAAGUAAAAGCGCAUUUGAUCGUUUUGGUUAGUUUUGACUUUCGACCGAAGUAGCGACUGGGAUAAAAGUUUUUCCCCUCUACCUCCUUGUCGCACGAGCGCAAACAAAACAAAAUCCGCACGGGUGGGAUUUUCAGAAGAAAAACGGGAGAACACGGUCAAAAAUCAGUUUGUUGGUGUUAUGAGCGAGUCUUAAACGUUAUGAUACUUGAGGAAAUCAUCUUCACGCGAUCUUUAGCACGAGCACGCGCCUUGACCGAAUAUUUUCACUGAUUUCAAACGAUUAUCGCUCAGGCGAGUCGAACGAGUAGCUAGUUAACAUCCGUGUGGUUUAAUGAAAACUAAAAAAGGCUAAACUUACAACAGAGGAGGAAAUGUGGAGUUUUGUCCAUUGACUGUUUUUGGGAACCUGUAUUCUAUAAACCUCUGAAUCUGAUCUGGGAUCGACUCUUUUCAGAAAGGAUUUGCUUCAAAAAGAAAAAGUGCGGAUGUCCUAGCUGUUUUAAUGGAGAGCUGGGCUGGAUGCAGAUUUCAGAUGUAGAGGAUCCUUGAUGAUGAUGACGAUGAUGAAGACCAUGCUGCUGCUGAUCUCAAUACUCCUAACUCAGACUCUUCAGUCCCAUUGCAGACCAGCCACCCAAGAAGAGAUGGUAGCCCCGGUUGAUCCCACGCCCUACACUCUGUAUGCGGGGGAUAAGCUGGAGCUGAGCUGUAAAGGCAAAGAGGAGACACAGGUGGUGACCUGGACUAAGGACCAUGUUCCACUGGUUGACGGAGAGCACACGCGUCUGCGCAGCGACCAGUUGGAGAUCGAAACAGCAGAGCCGGCCGACUCCGGUCUGUACGCUUGCUUUGCUCAGGGACCCAACAGCAACCAUACAGAUUACUUCAAUGUCAACGUUACAGAUGGAUCAAUAUUCUCAGAAGAUGAUGAUGAAGAUGAGUCUUCCUCAGAGGAGGCCAAGCUAUCAAGUGACCAGAAGCUGCUUCCAAUGGCUCCUGUUUGGGCUCAACCUGAUAAGAUGGAGAAGAAGCUCCACGCGGUUCCCGCCAGCAAAACUGUCAAGUUCCGUUGCCAGGUCAACGGUAACCCCACGCCAACUCUCAAGUGGCUCAAGAACGGCAAAGAGUUUAAGAAAGACCAGCGAAUAGGAGGCUUCAAGAUUCGGGAGCGCAUGUGUACCAUCAUAAUGGAGUCGGUGGUGCCGUCAGACAAAGGCAACUACACCUGCCUGGUGGAAAACAAAUACGGCAGCAUCAAUCACACCUACCAGCUGGACGUAGUCGAGCGUUCACCGCACAGGCCGAUCCUCCAGGCCGGUUUGCCUGCUAACCGCACCGCAGUGGUGGGAAGUGACGUGGAGUUUGAGUGUAAAGUCUUCAGUGAUCCUCAGCCACACAUCCAGUGGCUGAAGCACAUCGAGGUGAACGGCAGCAGAGUCGGCCCUGACGGACUGCCGUACGUUCGAAUCUUGAAGACGGCAGGCGUCAACACUACGGAUAAGGAGAUGGAGGUACUGCAGAUCAGGAAUGUGUCUUUAGAGGAUUCUGGAGAGUACACCUGCUUGGCUGGGAACUCUAUCGGCCACUCCCAUCACUCUGCAUGGUUGACUGUCUAUAAAGCCAUUCCCCCGACUCAACUGCCAAACCAGACCUACCUGGAGGUGCUGAUCUACUGCGUGGGCUUCUUUCUUAUCUGUGUGAUGGUGGUGACCGCCGUGCUGGCCAAAAUGCACAGCUCCACCAAGAAAAGUGACUUCAACAGCCAGCUGGCGGUUCACAAGCUGGCCAAGAGCAUCCCUCUGCGCAGACAGGUGUCGGUGGACUCCAGCUCAUCUAUGCACUCUGGUGGGAUGCUGGUCCGGCCCUCGCGUUUAUCCUCCAGUGGCUCUCCGAUGCUCUCAGGGGUCUCCGAGUACGAACUGCCCCAGGACCCUCGCUGGGAGGUACAACGAGACAGGCUGGUUCUCGGGAAGCCGCUUGGAGAGGGCUGCUUUGGGCAGGUGAUGAUGGCCGAGGCUAUGGGGAUGGAUAAAGACAAACCCAGUCGCGUCACCAAAGUGGCUGUCAAGAUGCUCAAAUCCGACGCCACAGAGAAGGACCUGUCAGAUCUCAUCUCCGAGAUGGAAAUGAUGAAGAUCAUUGGCAAACACAAGAACAUCAUCAACUUGCUGGGGGCCUGCACUCAAGAUGGUCCGCUGUACGUCCUUGUGGAGUUUGCUGCAAAGGGGAAUCUGAGAGAGUAUCUGCGAGUGCGCCGUCCACCUGGGAUGGAGUAUUGCUACAACCCGGACCAGGUGCCCGUAGAGAACAUGUCGAUCAAAGACCUGAUCUCCUGCGCCUACCAGGUGGCUCGUGGCAUGGAGUACCUCUCGUCCAAGAAGUGUAUUCAUAGAGACUUGGCUGCCCGUAAUGUCCUGGUAACUGAAGAUAACGUGAUGAAGAUAGCCGACUUCGGCCUGGCCAGGGACAUCCAUCAUAUUGAUUACUACAAGAAAACCACCAAUGGUCGUUUACCGGUGAAAUGGAUGGCGCCUGAAGCUCUGUUCGACCGCAUUUACACCCAUCAGAGCGACGUGUGGUCUUUUGGGGUGUUGCUGUGGGAGAUCUUUACUCUGGGCGGCUCACCGUACCCAGGUGUCCCGGUCGAGGAACUCUUUAAACUGCUAAAGGAAGGCCACCGCAUGGACCGGCCCUCCACAUGCACCCAUGAACUGUAUAUGAUGAUGAGGGAUUGUUGGCACGCCGUCCCGUCUCAGAGACCCACUUUCAAACAGCUGGUGGAGGAUCUGGACCGCACACUCUCCAUGUCGUCCUGUCAGGAGUAUCUGGACCUGUCUAUGUCUCUGGACCAGUUUUCUCCAAAUUUCCCGGACACCCGCAGCUCCACCUGCUCUUCCGGUGAAGACUCGGUGUUCUCUCACGACCCCGGCGCCGAUGAGCCCUGCCUGCCCAAAUUCCCCCCGCACCCCAACCGCGGGGUGGCGUUCAAGAAGCGCUGAGCUCCCUCUCUCCGCAGUGUGUGACCUGUCUGGAUGAACUCACGGAGGACACGCUUUGCCACAGAGCACACACACUUCCGAGAUGAAGCGCUCGGGAUGGACAUCACGUUAUGAUCCGGCUGGAGGAGAACACACUGGCCGUCCACUGUUCACCGACCCCUUCACCUGUCCUAGGGCACUUGAGCAGACAGUGGUGCGUCAUCUGUAGUAGAGAAACCCUUGCCGUCAUUGAACGAGGGACGUUGGGAGUGUUUAUAUUUUCUAUUGGUGUUAAAACAAGGACCUUUAUUUUGCCUCCGAGACCAAAUUCUUAAGAAAAUGUAUUCCACUAAAACGGCCUGCCCGAAUGUAUUUUAACAACGGGCAACUCGCAGCCUUUCUUGUAAAUACAUCUAGAAAUGUAUAAAUAUGAAUAUAUAUUUACACUCUACCCUUAUUUUUUACUACACGAUUUGAAUUUUGUUGCAUUUUUGUACCAGGCGUUUAUCUAGAACUUUUUGAAGUGUAGUUUUUUUGUGAAAGUGACCAUGAGAAUUGUAGAUGAACUGAUAUAAUUAAGAGCUGAUCGGCGGCCAGUUUUGUUUGGUAAUGUUGUUGUGCAUCAGUGAUGCAGCUCGGCAGAAGUGUCUUAGAUCUGCUGCUACUUAAGCUAUACGUAUUAAAAAGCCUCGUAAGGUUUUCCUCUUCAUGUCUUAAAAUUAUGAAUUCGAUAUGGGCCAAAAAUAAGAGAUGCCAUAAAUGUUUCGCUUCGUACGGUAAAACCAACAGUGUAAAGAUCUGCAGAUCACUAAAAGUUACUCUACAAGGAUUACAUCCAAUAAAUGCUGUUCACGAACCCCUUCAUGACGCAUAAAGAAGCUUGUAAACAUCACUCUUGCUGACGAGUUUACAACAUAAAUUGUGUUUACAGUGAAAUUGACUGCAGGUUAGUUGGGGUGAUUAAAUAUUAAAAUGCAUAGCUCGCGGUGUACAUGCCGUCUCCUGCUGAAAGCCGUGUGUAGCUCCUUAUUUAUAGCGGUGUGGAUGACCCAUCUUAGCGAGGUGCUAUGGCUGUUAGCAUUAGCAUUAGCAGCGCGACUGGCUCGCCUCCAGCGCCUGAUGCAUCCACACACCGAGUCCCAGCCAACGCAAAACACAAGCCUUGAUUUAUACGCUUGGAGAAUACGGUUGAAGGUUGCAGAGUAUAUACAGCCGUUUAAAUUGAACAUGGUUUGUGAUGUUUAUGAGGCGGCUGUAGUAAAUUUUAAUUUGUGGAACAUUGCUUUGUUCUGAGAGAGACAACGCGGGUCAACAGAUAUGGACUUUUGAAACACUGGUUUGCGAGUCUGUUUUCUCCAAACGCUUGCAUUACGACUGGGACUGUUCUGUUGCUUUACGGUUUAAUCGACGCCAUGUUUAUAGCGCAAAUGCAUCAAUACAUGUAUCAGCUUGUGUUUGAUAUGCAACGGCCUGCGUUGAAUUCUUAUUCGGAGUUGAAACUGAGUGACAUUCAUCAUUUACACAGAAGGAGCUGUUUGGCACGAUGUUGAUGUUGCUGUUUGGUGACCGGAGAAAUGUUGCACUUCUCUGCGACGUAACUUACAGGGGCUAAAGUCACGCACUAUUAAAUAUUUUUACCCUUAAUUGAAACGUAACCCUACGUAUAAACUAAAUAUUUACAGAAGCCGUCGAGCUGGAGUUAUGGCUGGACUUGGAAUAAAACACAGAUUGAUUCCCUGACAAGUUCUUUAGACAUGUGGUGAUGUUGACAUUUACUUUUACACGAACCCGAUCUAAACGGAGAACUUUUGUGUGCGUCCUCCAUGUGCUUGCCAAAUAAAAUCAAUCAAUCAUAAAUGCCAUUUCUUGGGUUUUUUUGUUUCAGUAGCCUAUUUAUUUAUUGCUAUUCAUUUCAAGUACCGAUUGGUAUGGAAGCUCAUUUCCGCCACCAAAUAAAACAAUUUGAAAGAUA